AUGCCCCGCGAUGUGUUUGAAGCAGUACCCUUCGAGAUCAUCGACAUAAUCCUCAGCGACGUCCUAGUGCUCGAUUACUAUAACAUCAAGCUAGCUGGAUCUCGCCCCCUCACCGACGCCGUUCGCGCCGCCUAUUCCCGCUUUACCAAAGCCGAGUAUCUCGACCGCAUUUCCGAAGAUGAUGCGCGGCUGAAAGGCAUGGUUAAAGGCCUCAGGCGGAAGCCGAUGGAAAUUCUCAUCGAGAGAGGGCGCCCAUUUUUAGUUUUAGACUACAUCGCGAGGUACAAUGCACUCGGUCGGUCGUACCACCAGGUACAAUACAACGUCGCCAAGAGCUACGCAAUCACCAAGUGCGACAAAGAUCGCUUUUCUACAGCGCUCCACUGGGCCGCAGGCUAUGGGCAGACCAAACUCGUUGCCUUGUUGCUCGAUCGGGUUAAUCUCCGCGCAGGACACCGUCGGCAAACUGCUCUCCAUUAUGCGGCGAGGAAGAAUCAGGUCGUGACAGCGGAGCUGCUUCUGGAUAACGGAGCCUACGUCAACGCUGCUGAUGACAAGGGGAGGACACCCCUGGCCGUCGCGCUGGAUCACAACGCCCAUGAAGUUGCUGAUCUGCUGAGAAGCAGGGGAGGGCAGACCAGCUGGCUGAUGAUCCUGCACAAUGAAGAUUGGGCGCGCCCGAUUGUUCACGGUCACACCUCUACAAACCCCAAGGCUAUUCAAGCAGUGAGGGACUCUCAUCUCCAUCGAAGGGUCGUUCGGCGCUGCUCCGACCUAAAGACAUCGCUAUGGUAUUGUGCCGUCAAGAGGGCCAAACCCUCGACUGAGAGACUGGACGAGGCGCGAAAGGCCCUUAUGCAUGCUGCUAUUCGCCGCGACGACAUAGCCUCCGUCAAAUUUAUACUGGACGAGGGAUUGGAUCCAAAUGCUUGCAUUGCCGCCAACCGCACGGCACUGCAUCUUGCUGCGAUUCGGGGCAGAAUCGCCAUAACAGAGGUGUUACUAGACAGGGGCGCUGAUCCAUAUCUUACCGACCAUGAUCCAGAGGAGAUAAAUCGUACCAGACCCGACGAAACGCCCUUUCACUACGCUGCCUUUCGGGGGUUCAAAGCGCUCGCUGAGCUGUACCUCUCCCAGGGAUACCCCAUCAACUGCCAGAAUGCGGACGGUCAAUCUACCAUAUGGAUCGCAGCAAGGCGUAUCAUGACCAGCCCGGCUCUGAUGCAGUACUUGGUAGACCUCGGUGGUGAUGUGAAUACACCAGACCUGAGCGGAAACACUCCCUUGCUGGUAGCCUGCCGGGAAGCUGCUAUUCACUCCUUCGGCGUGAUCAAAAUUCUCGUGGAAGCCGGAGCCGACAUUAAUACCCCCAAUAUAACGGGACUCACCCCACUAUCAGCGGUCAUGUGGUGGAAGGGCGGCAAGUCGGUAUUUGACUUGGUCAAGGUCCUCCUCGACCAUGGAGCGCGGGUCGACAUUCAAGAUGGGGAUGGCCGUGGCCCACUCCACCUAAAAGAGCAGUACGGCGCCGACUGGGUCAACGGUGAAUCCGUUGCCCUCUUGCUUGAUCGCGGUGCGGACAUCAAUAGAAAGGACAACCGCGGAUGGACCCCUUUGCACUGCGCUCUAGAGCCGUACAUCCUGCCAGACAUCGCAACCACUCUGAUCUCCCGUGGCGCCGAUGUCAAUGCGUGUGACAAUUUAGGGAAUACACCUCUCCACCUAGUCUGCAGAUUACCGUAUCGCGAGCGGCAGCGCGGGAGAGGGGUGUUUCUGUACCUUCUUGAAGCCGGCGCGGACCCAAACCAACCCAACAACCAGGGUGAUUAUCCACUCCACGUUGCACUCGAGCUCGAAGACCCCUACAUAGACCGAGUCCUGACCCUCCUGAAACACGGGGCGGACCCAAACGCCGUGGGAUCACGAGGCCUAGCCCCGCUCAACUUCGUGGCAGAACAACAUCAUAUGGACUGCAGCGACGAAAUUUGUCUCGUUGCCACGUUGCUAGACCAUGGAGCGGCGGUUGACAGACGAGGCACUGCGGGUGGCACGCCACUGUUCUAUAUCUUACAAAAAUAUGACCUACAGUCGCCAGCAGGGCAGAUGGUGCUGCAACUUAUUCAACAUGGUGCCGACGUGCGCGCCAGGGACGAUAAUGGCCGGUGUCCCCUUGACUCGAUUCGAAAUGAACUGGGGCAUGAAGAUUACAAGUCGUAUUUUUAUGGAUAA